AUGGGAAAUACAAGCAGUUCCCAGAAGAUCUCGUCUCAGGAUCGACCCCUCCUAAACAGCUCCAAGGCAGUUGUAACUGACUCGCAGGGUAUUCUCAGGGCGAUCCUUGAUCUCAAGAACCAGCGCGAUAAGCUCAAGCAAUAUCGCAAACGUAUCACCGUCCUCACCGAUCGCGAAACUGAAAUCGCCAAAGAAUGCCUGGCACAGAAUGAUCGGCGACGAGCGCUGCUUGCGCUAAGGCGCAAGAAAUAUCAAGAGUCAUUAUUGGAUAAGACUGAUGGACAGCUCGCACAGCUAGAGCAACUAGCUAGCCAGGUGGAGUUCUCGCUCGUGCAGAAGGAUGUACUAUUUGGCUUGCAGCAGGGUACCGAGGUCUUACAGGCGAUCAACAAGGAGAUGGGUGGGAUCGAAGGCGUGGAAAGACUUAUGGGAGAAACAGAAGAGGCGCGCGCCUAUCAAGAGAUAAGCCAAAUGCUCGAGGGAAAUCUUACAAACCAGGACGAAGACGAUGUCGAGGAAGAAUUGGAGGCCUUGCGGCGCGAGACACAGAUCAACGUCGCGCCCGAACUGCCCAACGCCCCGAACAACGUCUUGUCCACACCAGAAGAAGUAGAGGCAGAGGUAGACGAGCCGACCAAGUCCAGAACGAAGACGAGGGAACCUGUGCUGGCCGCAUAA